AUGGAUGAUAUUGGGAUACAACAACGUUAUUUGAAGCUUACAAAAAGAUGCCUGAUCAUCAGUGGAAUUUGGCCUAAACAGACCAAGUCUACGAAAAACAUACUUCGAUUUAUCGUCUACAUUACCACCGUUCCUUGUAUCAUGUCACAGAUAGCAUAUGUAGCAUGCUUUUUCAGCUUGACUGCUGUGGUAGAGCAGCUAUCAUUUUUACUGGCGAUGGUACUGGGGUUGUUUAAGCAAGGAGCUUAUAUCGUAAACGAGGAAAAAUUUAAAGGGCUUUUGAAUGGUAUGUUCAAUGACUGGGCAGUGGAUAGAUCGAAAGAGGAGCUUGCUAUUAUGACAUCGUACAUGGAAAGAGGAGCCCUUUUCGCGUCAAUUUAUUUGGCAAAUGCAUACAGCUGCACCGGUCUAUUCAUGCAAAUGCCAUGGUGGCCACGGAUUGCCGACCUCGUGAUGCCAUUGAAUGAAUCUCGGCCUCGAACGUAUAUUUUUCCAGCUUAUUACUUCAUUGACGAUACGAAUUAUUAUUACUGGAUAAUAACACACAUGAGUAUUGCAACUGUAUUAACUACGAUCAUCUAUAUCGCCUGUGACACUUGUUACAUAUAUGCUGUGCAACAUGCUUGCGGGUUAUUGGCUGUGGCUGGGUAA